AGAAAAAAAAAUGAUGAACUGUGAGCAAUGAACUAAAUCGCAUUUCUACAAUGCAUCACCAAAUAUUGAUUGUGUUUGUUUUGGCAUGUCCUUGCUUCUAUGCUAUUCCUCAGGUUAACAGUGAGAUUUACAGUGAGGAGGAUUUGCUGGCCAUUGACUCAGGAUUAGUGGAAUCUGUAGCUUCUGCUCCGGCCUUUGUUUCUCAAAGUUUUAAAAUCCCCUCAGGACCCGGGAAUCCGUCAAAACAAACUGUUAAACCGGUUCCAGUCCAGCCAACAGGAUUUGCAGGAGGAGGGCAGUUAGUUAGUUACAGAAACACAUUUAACAAAGACGGUUCUUACAGUUUUGGAUAUGAACUGGAUGAUGGACAAAAGCGGGAGGAGGAAGGACAGAUGACCAAUGGUGGGUACAGUGUAUCAGGUAGCUGGGCGUACACAGGAACAGAUGGAAUACUUAGAACUGUCGUCUUCACAGCUGAUCAAAAUGGCUACCGACCAAGAAUAAUUAAGGGAGACCCUGGUUUGCUUCGAAAUGGACGAGUAUUAAGAAAAGUUUCAACACAAAAACGGAAAACAGAACAAACCGUAAACCAGCAAUAUAGAUUCAAAUAUUAAUUUGUUAGAAAUUAUGUUUUCUUCGUAUGAACAGUUAAUAAAAUGUUAGUUUUUAUCACA